ACCAAAGAGCUUCAGGAUAAGAAAGUCAAAGAAAUUGAAAGUGACGAAUCAUUAGAUGAAUUCACUUUUCAAGACAGAGAAUUAUUUACACAAAGAUUUCAGUCAAUGAAGAGUUAUAAAAAGUGGAAGCUCAGCACAGGAACAUAUGUGGAAGAUGUCUUGUACAAUCUAGGGAAAAAAUGCAGAUAUCAUAAUCUUGUCCAUUCCUUCAUAAUUGAUCCUGGAGACAAGUUUGUUCAGUCUGGAUUCACUUCUGAUGAGAUAACAGAGAUUCGCGAAACAAAAUCCAUGUAUGAAUUACCAAAAAUAGAUGAUGACUUGCUGGAAUAUAUCGAUUCUUUUGCAAAGUUCUCUUUACAGGAUUCAACAAAAGAUAUACGCAAAGCACUUUAUUCUUCACACCCUCGACUUUGCGAAAAUUACAAUCCUCAUGUUGAUUUCCCAUACGAACAUGUAAGAACCACAGUGUCUGAUUGGGUUCGUUUGCUAGAAAUGGAGCCAAAUCCGUUAACAAGUACACAAGAUUUACCAGAAAGUUGGUUCCGAAUAAAUGUUUGGAGGACAAUUGAUAUAGCCUUUUCGGAUGUACCCUUUGUGUUUUUCGUCGGAGGCGAAAAAGCUGGACUAGCGACCAAAGAUAGGAAAAAUCGUGGCAGAACCCUUAGCAACAUAGGUCCAAUGCAACGGAAGUCUAUAGGAAAAAAAGGAGACGGUUACGUUCGGUCGUUUGGUUGAUUGGGCAGCAUCCGAUGCUGGAUCGAAAUGGGAAGGAGAACAAGGGACAAAGACUAUAAAGGAAUGCGGUUUAUCUUUGCCAAAAGUUUUAAAAGACAUAUUUAUUAGUCUAGCACGCAA